AGCGCCAGCGCCAGCGCCAGCCAGAGGAGCACGGCGGCCCAGGAAGCCAGAGCGCCGCCCACCCAUCCGGGGCGAAGCGCGCCGAGAAGCAGGCUGGGCCGGGGGUUGCCAGCCUCGACCCCCCACGGUGACCCCUCGGCCCCAAGUCCGGACCCAAGAUGAUGAAGAGGCAGCUGCACCGCAUGCGGCAGCUGGCCCACACGGGCAGCUUGGGACGCACCCCAGAGACUGCCGAGUUCUUGGGUGAGGACCUGCUGCAGGUGGAGCAGCGCCUGGAACCUGCUAAGCGAGCAGCCCACAAUGUUCACAAACGGCUACAGGCCUGUCUACAGGGCCAAAGCGGGGCUGACAUGGACAAGCGUGUGAAGAAGCUUCCUCUCAUGGCUCUUUCCACCACGAUGGCAGAAAGCUUCAAAGAACUGGACCCUGAUUCUAGUAUGGGGAAGGCCUUAGAGAUGAGCUGUGCCAUCCAGAACCAGCUGGCCAGAAUCUUGGCUGAGUUCGAGAUGACCCUGGAGAGAGAUGUCCUGCAGCCACUCAACAGGCUGAGCGAGGAGGAGCUGCCUGCCAUCCUCAAACACAAGAAAAGCCUGCAGAAGCUGGUGUCUGACUGGAACACCCUCAAGAGCAGGCUCAGCCAGGCAGCCAAGAACUCAGGGAGCAGCCAAGGCCUGGGUGGCGGCCCAAGCAGUCACAGCCACACCGCCACUGCCAACAAGGUGGAGACACUGAAGGAAGAAGAGGAGGAGCUAAAGAGAAAGGUGGAGCAGUGCAAGGAUGAGUAUUUGGCCGACCUGUACCACUUUGCCACCAAGGAGGACUCAUACGCCAACUACUUCAUUCAUCUCCUGGAAAUUCAGGCUGAUUACCAUCGCAGGUCACUGACCUCACUGGACACGGCCCUAGCAGAGCUGAGGGACAACCACAGCCAAUCAGAUCUGUCCCCUUUGAUGACGGCUACCCCCAUCUCCAGGGUAUAUGGGGUACCCCUGAGAACCCACCUGCAAGAGCUGGGUCGUGACAUUGCCCUGCCCAUUGAGGCCUGCGUUCUAAUGCUUCUAUCAGAGGGCAUGCAGGAGGAGGGCCUCUUCCGUCUGGCUGCUGGGGCCUCUGUGCUGAAGCGCCUCAAGCAAACAAUGGCCUCAGAUCCCCACAGCCUAGAGGAGUUCUGCUCGGACCCCCAUGCUGUGGCAGGUGCUCUCAAGUCCUAUCUCCGGGAGCUGCCAGAGCCCCUGAUGACCUCUGACCUCUAUGAUGACUGGAUGAGAGCAGCCAGCCUGAAGGAGCCUGGGGCUCGCCUGGAGGCCCUUCAUGGUGUUUGCAGCCGCCUGCCCCAAGAGAACUUCAACAACCUCAGGUACCUGAUGAAGUUCCUGGCACUGCUUGCAGAAGAGCAAGAAGUGAACAAGAUGACACCCAGCAACAUCGCCAUUGUCUUGGGGCCCAACCUGCUGUGGCCUCCUGAGAAAGAAGGGGACCAGGCCCAGCUAGAUGCAGCCUCUGUGUCCUCAAUUCAGGUGGUGGGUGUGGUCGAGGCGCUGAUACAGAGUACAGACACCCUCUUCCCUGGAGAUAUCAACUUCAGUGUAUCAGGCAUCUUCUCAGCCCUGGCCCCCCAGGAAAAGGUCAGUAGCCAACGGACCUCUGAGGAAUUGCCACCUGCUGUACCUGUGCCAGCUGCCACCCCAGGUCCAGCCUCGAUGCCCAUGAAAGAAAGGACAGAGUCUGAAUUGCCCAAGCCAGCUUCCCCCAAGGUCAGCAGGAGCACCACAGAAACGGCUGCUUCAGCAGAGGACAUGACUCGGAGGACCAAGCGCCCAGCACCAGCGCGACCUACCAUGCCACCUCCCCAACCCUCCAGUGCACGCUCAUCUCCUCCAGCUCCAUCCCUGCCCCCUGGCUCUGGCAGCCCUGGCACUCCCCAAGCUCUGCCACGCCGUCUGGUGGGCACCAGCCUCCGGGCCCCCACCGUACCUCCCCCAUUACCCCCUGUUCCUCCACAGCCUGCCCGGCGCCAGAGCCGGCGUUUACCAGGCUCCCCCAGCCCAGCUUCCCCUGGCCUGGUCAUUUCAAACAUGCCUACUCAGGUGGACCAGGGAGGGGCUACAGAGGACAGGGAAGGCCCUGAGACUGUAGGUGGACAUCCCACUCCCCCAGUUCUGCCACCCCAGCCCCGGCCCAGGGGCCUCACCUCAGAGACAGAUUGAGCAGGCCUUCCUGCCUGAGAUAUCCUCAGUGUGCCCUCCUUCCCUCUCUCUCUCCCUCUCCCUGCCUCCCUUGUCCUCCCAGGACAGCCCUUGCCCUGUGCCUGGGUGCCUGCUGGGUCGGCCCCCAUGGCUAAGAGGGCUCAGGUCAGCCCUCUACUUUCUGACCUUUUCCUCUUCCACUUUGAGCUUGGGGGCUCCCACCUGACUCCCCACUCUCUGGCAGGGGUCUCAAGGGAGCUACCAAAAGGAAGGACGGACCUGCCCAUUCCCUACACAACUUUUAUUUUUCUCUUGCCAAUGUAUUUUUGUAAGGCUCGUAAAUAAAUUAUUUUUAACAAAACUGGAGCAACUGGCUGAGCAAUAGCUUUCUCUCCUGGAGAUAAAGAAUAAUCUGCUGGGCUGGAGAGAUGGCUCAGAGGUUAAGAGCAUUGCCCGCUCUU